AGACUCCAUCGCUAUCAUGCAAUGGCUUUAGAGAGCAAAACAGCGGAGCAGAAACUUCAAAAGAUGGAAGAUUCAUGAAGAAAGAAUGAAAAAAUGGCUAAGCAAGUUGAAAAGGUAUGACCAGAGAAGUUUAUAAUCUUGCCAAAAAAUAUAAUUACUCUGAUACAGUCAAACCUCAGUUAUCUGGACUUUUUUUGGAGAUGUUUUUAUUACAGUGUAUGAGGACUUGCUUUUGUGGUAUUAUUUGUUAUAAACAUUUAUUUGUUCCAUUUGCAAACUGUGACAACUUUUGCUAUUAAUUGAAGUACUUGUAAAGAAGCAGCCAUCAGAACUCACAGAAUUUGUUCUGCUUUCCAUGAAACGUUGAUGUUUAGAUUUCUUAAUUUCCAAAUAUACCUUUGACAGAUAUUAAUGAUGAUGCACUCUGAUUUGAGAACAUGUGUUAAUUCUUUGGUAAUAUUGAUUUAAGGGUAUGUACAUGAUUUCAAUUUUAUUUUAGGCUUAUUAUUAUUAUUCAUAUUUUUUAUUGUUGAGACUCUCAGUUAUCGGGACUUUUUGGCCCAGCCCCAUAUGACUCCAGAUAAUUGAAGUUUGAUGAUAUAAUAUUGGUAUUAUAAAACAGUUAAAAUAGUUAAUGAUUACAUUGUUGAUGACAAUGACCAUAAAUGAUAUAACUGUAGUGGCACAUGUAAACAUCAUUUCAUGUGUUGUUUUACCGGUCUUUAAUAGCACCAACAAAAAUGUACUGAAUGCAAAAAAAGAGGUGUGUCAAAGCUAAGAAUGAGUAUGUCUUAUCACUGGAGUCUACAAACCAUUUCUUGGAGAAUUAUUACAAUGGAUUUUUCAAGACAUUGGUUGAUGUGAGUAUGCUCUUUUUUCUUUUUCUUUUUCUUUUGUUUUUUUUUUUUUCAGAACAAAUGUCCACUGAUCGAUUUUGUUGUUUUUGUUGUCGUCUUGUGAUAGGCAGAGUGUAACUUUACCUCUGAUUGUGCCCCAUACUGUAGGUUAAGUCUUUGAGGUCAAGGGACCCAUUUUUUUUUGGUCAAAAUUCUCAAUAAAAUUAUGAUAAAGUUCCUCCUCAGGAAAAAGGAAACUUCUAAAUGUGCCUCACCCCCAAUAUGUGGCUUUGUAGCUCAGUUGGUAGUAGUAGCAAACUUGUAUCUGGGGGCCAUGCAUUUGAAUCCCGUUGAAGCCUGAAUUUUUUUCCAGGCUUUUCUUUUGCAAUUGCUGAAAUUACAGCUUAUCUACAAGGAUCGUAGCUUUACCAGGCCCUUUUUUUCUAUUGAAUCUAUGAUGGUAUCUUUAUCACGAAGCAGCAACAAAUGCAAAGUAUGGAGUAUAUUUAAUACCCCUGGAUAGGAUGCAAGUCCAUUACAUCUUCAUUAAUCAAAACUAUAACAAAAUUGCAGAAUGUGAUUGGUUAUCACCAGUCUGAUUAAAGCCCUAAUAGGACAGUGUACACAUUGUGUUUGCAAUUGGACAGUGCAAUAGGACAGUUGGCAUGUCAUGCCUUUGUACAUGGACAGUACACAUCAUGAAAGUGUGCUGUUGUUGGGCAUUUCACUGAGUUAAUUGUUUUUUUUUUAAUGAAAACAUGGAAAGGAUGAUUACUAUCUCUUUAGAAUUUUGUCAUAAGUUUGAUUCAUAGGUGAUUAACAUGUAACUUUUCCCUGUAAUAUCCAUCAUUAUUCAGCAAUCAAGUAAUGAAAAUACUUAAACUUUUUGGGUAGAAAUUAUUAUCUUGAUCUAACACCAAAUUGUCAUCACUUAUUUACAAUCAGAUCUUGGGAGUGAAAGGGUUAAAUGGGUAACAAGAUCUUAACCCUUUAACUCUCAUGAGUGAUCAAGUCAGAAUUUCUCCUUACAAUAUCAAUACAAUAUCAAGCAGAGAAGAGAUGAGAAUAUAGUAAAAUAUCAAUUAGGGGAUGAUUGGUUGAUCCAAUACUAAAUUCUCAGAACUAACAUUAUAUGAAUUGUAUGGUAGACAGUGAGGAGAAUUGCUAAUGAGAUCUUGGGAGUUAAAGGGUUAAAUUUUGUAUUUUGUUUUCUACUCAGACUUUUGACUACAACUACCAUGACUCUUUCACUCAAGGAGUUGAGGCAUAUGUCACUGCAGAAGCAAAUGUAGCAGCUUCCAGCGACCAGUCAGUAGAUGUUGUGCGUGAAGCUAAGUUUACUGUGGAAGCAGCUAAAGAUAAACAGUUCUUCUUUGAUGACAACUCCGGUGCAUUAGCUCUGCCAUUCACAUUUGCCUUCUUGCCGUUCAAUGAUGAUGAGGUUGGUCUCUGUUCUUAGUCUGAAUUUCAGAACUCCUAUUCUGCUCUCUAGAUAAUGCUGCUUGUUGUGGUAGUCUUUUAGUAGUAGUAGUCUUUAUUUAUUCUUGAAACAUAAAAAGUGGUAAAAAUAGUAAAAGAUAAAACAAUUAUAAACUUGUAACACCACGUUGUGUUUAAAAAAUCGGAUGAUUGAUGUUCACAUCUUUUAAAGAUGAUUUGUUUCUGAAAUUAAAAUGUCAUCAUUUUCUUUUGAGAUUAAAUUUUAAAGAGGAUGGAAAUCAAAUUUUGGCACUUAAUUUAAAAUGUUUUUGUCCUGGUUUCGUAGUAAUGCAUAUGGUAGUUCUAGUAGUCUUUGUUCAAAUAAGCUGUGAACUCCCCUGUAAUUGGGACUCGGGCAAAAUGUUUGGUAAGGAAAUAGAGAAAAAGAAAGAUUUUGUUUUGUGUCUUGUCACAAGCAUGGAACAAAAAAAAUUAUGAGUCCCAGAGGAGGGCAUAGAGGGCAUAUUCACUACAUGUUGAUUGGCUGAGAUAGAGGGAAUUUUUCAUUAAAUUUGGUAAUUCCCCGUACAAAAUUACCAAAAACUGAUUAGUUCUUAGGUUGCCUAAGUUGUUUUUGACCUUUUUUAAAAUAAAAUUUUCCAUUUAUGUUAUAAAAAAGUAAUAGCAAGUUUUGUUUUAAAGUUAAAGAUUGAAAUCACUUUUGUUUUAAGAAGUUGCAGAAAUUGCUCUCGUCACUUGCUACAUGACUCAAGAAUUUUCUGCAAUUUCUGAAAACAUGUGUGAUUUUAAUCCUCAAUUUAACUUAGCCCAUGGGAUUACCUCUACACAUUACCAGUAGGGAUAUUAUGUGACCUAACUCCAAAUUCUUGAGAUGAAAUUAAACAAAAUGUAGGGCAGACAGUGGAGAGUGAUAUCCAGAUCUUGCCAAUGAAGCGUCAUAUUCAAUAUGUGUAUGGAUGUUUAUUUCACAGCUUUAUCAGGUGUCACCUCAACAAAUUGAUGUAAUAGAUCAUCACUACAAGGUGUUUGAGAGACUGCAAAGAGCAAAAGCAGAAACAGAUGAGGUUUGUCACUAAAACACUUUCUUGUAGUGAUACCUAAUUGCAACAUGGUUUAAGGAACUUCAUCAAACAAAAAAACUGAAAAAGAAAGUAGCAUGACGUGAAUUAACGAGCUUGUAAUUACCUUCCCGUAGACAUCUCCUUUCCACAUUUUUUUAACCCUUUAACCCUUAAGAGUGAUUAGUGUAUAAUUUCUCCUGACAAUAUCAUCCCUGAAUCAAACAUCCAGGUCAUGAGAAUAAAGGAAAUGAUCACAAACUAAAGAAGCUCUUGAUUGUAAAAUAAAUUCUCUCUGUCAGCAUCUUUAUAACUGUAUAGAAAGUAGUAUGGAGAGUUUACACAUUGAUGUUGGGGUGUAAAAGGUUAAAGAGGAUGAGGAAGAUGACAGCUUCUGGUUUUGGCCUUAAAUGACACAUGUGGCCAUUCAUUUUGCCGAAAGCAUGAGGCAAAAACUGUCUGAGUCGUGCAAAAUCAAACCUUAGACUUUCUGACUCUGUGAUCCAGUGUUAUGACUGAGCUACAGAGAAUUCUGUUGUGGAUUAUGGCAGUAGUAUGUUCAUAUUUGAUAAGCAUCCUGCUCACUGCUAUGGUCAGAAAUGUUGAAAGCCUCUCGCAAAAUGAAGCAGGAAAGAAAGUAAAGAACAUAUUAACCCUUUUAUUCCUAAGAGGAACUGGCUUCUUAUUUAUCUUGGCAGUAUCACUGCUGAGUCAAGCACAAAAGUCAUGAGAAUUAAGGAAAUGAUCAUCAACUCAAGAUGCUCUUGAUUGUUGAAAAAAAUUCUCCUUUCAUAUCAUAGGAAAUGUAUAGAGAACAGUAUGGAGAAUAUGAACACUGAUGCCAGGGUGUAAGGGGUUAAAUUAAGUUAGUAGUUCCCUUAAAAAGCCAUUCAUGUCUAUGAGUUUCACCUUGCAUUUAACAGCCACUGUUGUCCAUUUUUUAGAUUGGAAAGUCAGCGGAAGCCACCUCAGAUGCUCUUGCAUCGAUGCAUCAGCAGUGGGACAGUGAAAUGAUGAAAGUGGCCAAUGGAGCAGUGGAUCCUGUUGCUGGAGUAGGCAGCUGUCAAUCAAUCAAGAACAGCAGUGAUGAAUUAGAGAUGUAUUAUAUUACGGUACGACCUCAUCGGAACCUUUCAAUUACUCCCAGAAGCAACUAACAUGUAAUUUCUCCCUUAAAUAUCCAAACAUUAUCAAACAAACAGGUAAUGAGAAUACUCAAAUUCUUGUAACUAAUUUACAAGGAAAUGUGUUGCACCUGGAAAGGAGAAUUUACAAUCAUAUCUUGGGAGUCCAGGAGUUAAUCUGCUACUUUGCUGUUGGUGUUUUUACUUUCUCCACAGUCGGGAUCAAUUGUAGUAUUGUUGUAAAAUAUUCAGGUUUCACGUCACGUCAGUGCUCAGAAUUUUUGCACCCUUCUUUUCUGAUAUUAUGCAGCGCACUUAAAAGAUGUUUCCUUAUGUUGCUUUCUGAUAUUUUUUCUCUUUCAGAAAAUGCGGGAGCUUAUUCUUAUUAGUAGUGUACAAGUCCGUGUGGAGGCUGAAAAUGAUAUGCUGACCAAAACACUCGGUUAGUAGUAAUCCGUACUUCUUACUUUUUAAAUUUUUUUUAUUGUUAAGUGACUUACAAUCAUUUAUUAACUUUUUUUACUCUUCGUAGGUGAAGUAACACCAGACAUUGUGGGAGCCAGGUAUUUUAAAAUGAUGUUAAAAAUGAAUUUCCACACUUCUUGCCCAACAUCUCUACAUGUAGUAUUCCCCUGUCAAAGCUGUAGCCGUUUUGAUCUCCUUGGUUAGAAGGAAGAAAGUUGGGGGACUAUAUUUGCACCGAAAGGAAGCCAUUUUGGCGACCUUUCUCGUGUAGCAAGCUGUCACAUCUUUGUGUUUUUGUAACGCAAUUUUCAAUUGGGUGUCCAAAAUCAAGGCUAUCUCAGCGACUAAACAGAACCAAGGUUUACAUAGUCAUUAGCCAAUGAGAAGUGAAAACUGCUGAAGCGCGGGAAAAUGCGAAUGACCAAGUCACGAUUCUUUUAAUUUUGGCUUUUGAUUGGUUGAGAGGAUGACACGAUUCUUCUAGACCAAUCACAGAGCAAAGUUAGAGAAAACCAAAGCAACCCCGAAUUUCUUUCGACAUUUUUUUUUGUUUUGUUUUGUAUUUCUUCCCUUGCCUUAACUUUGAUUUCUGGUGACUUUUUUUUAGAAUUUUUAGGACGUCAAAUGGGGGUUUGAAGCUGGGGUAUGACUUAAGGGAUGUGUGGGGCUUGCACAAAGUGUCUAAACAUGUAUUAGAGAAAAGUCUGAUUUUUUGUCUUGGAAAAUGUACCCUAAAUUUUUACCACGGGCAUUUGCAAUCGUGGUUUUUGGUACAAUACUUGAUUUUGUCUGCCCCAUAUCUCGCCUCCAUGACACCUGCUGCUCCAUAAGUCUUUCUUUUUUUAUCACAUAUUUCACAUUUAUAAUGUGUUGAUAUUAUAAAAAUGAUAUGAAUUUUCAUUUCAUCAAUUUUUUUAAGGCUCAAGAGACCAGCGCUAGAUAUGUCUUCUAAAGAAGCUUCAGCGAUUCUAGACUCUGUGCACAAGAAGGCCAAAGUGUUUGGAUGUAAUCUAGAAAAUUAUGUUAAAGUAAGUACAUGCACCAAGUCAUAUCAUGCAGUUCUUAACGAAUGAUUGCGGAAAAAUAACCGCACUUGUAAUUGUUUCAAAUUUUUUGGAAAGUUUGUGUGGCAUUUCCUCAGGUAGAUAUCGGGGAUUGACUCUUUAGACCCUAAGGGCCGAUUAUUUCAACCAAACCGCAUUCUAAGCCAUCUUCAAUUCAGCCGAACUUCUAUCCGAAUAAUUAAAUUUGUUAGUAGUGUUCAGAGGGCCGAAAGCUGAUAGUGGAAGGACAUUUUCGUAAUUAAAUCAGCCCUCUCAUAGAGAAUCCCUGAGGUGUACUGCUUGCGUAAAACUGCGGUUUGGGUUAGAUCUCGUGUAAAAACCGGCUCUUAGUGACUUGCUUCUAAUGUUUUCUUACAAUAUCAUCCCUGAAUCUAACAUUAAGGUCACGAGAACAAAAGAAGUGAUCGCCAUCUUAAGUAGCUCUUGUUAGCCGGUUAAAUUGAUUGUUUCAAGUUUGCUUUAUUUCUCAGGUUACAGGAAGAGAAAUUCCAGAGGUUGUAGAAAGUUGUGUCAAGUUUAUUAAAAAGUUUGGUGAGUACUUGAAAUUCGGCCUUCCUGGUUAGUCAAUUAGGUUUUAUUAACUGAGUUGAUAAUGUGAAUUGGCCACCGUUGAGAGAAUCUCUUGGGAGUUUAAGAAACGACGACGACGACGACGGCGACGGCGGCGGCGACGGCGACGGCGACGGCGACGGCGACGGCGACGGCGACAACGUCGGUUAAGAAAUGAACUUAUAUUUUACCAACGAAUCUUGCGAUACUCUAAAGUCAUUUAGUUUGUUUCUCAUUGUCAAAACUAUCUCGAAACUGAAUAUGGAACGCGGGUUUGUCAUUUCACGUUGUUGUUUUGUAGAGGACGCAGAGAAAUUUACAAAGAUUUAUAACGCACGUGCACAGCUAUUCUUCUUCUCGUUAGACUUUUUGUUUAGUGACGUUGUCGUUGCCGUCGUGGUUUUCUUAAAGUCCCUUUUAGCUGACGUCUUGAGCGGUAACCCUUUGUCAGAGAGAAUGGCGAUUCUGUGGCCUCUAAGGAUUAAAAAAAUCCCUUAUUUUAGUUUAUGUCUGUUUCCCUGGGAAGUAUGCUGUCAUAACAUAACGUUUUUAUUUAUUUUAUUGUGUUCGUAGGGCUGGACCAUCAAGGAAUAUUUCGGUUAUCGGGAUCCACAACGGAAAUAAACGACAUGAAACAACUUUUUGAAAAUGGUAACUGCCUUGAAAGUUAGGGAACGUUUGGUUUCUCUGUACAUUUAUCGCGUUGAGGCUGUAAUUCGCGGUUCUUUGUUGGUUUUUUUUUGUAGGUCGUGAUCCGUUAGCAGGUCUGAAUCAUUGGAAAGAUAUCAACGCCGUGGCUGGUUUACUGCGGGUUUAUUUCAGGGAACUGGAAGAUCCUCUGUUUCCUAGUUCACAUUAUCAAGAAUUCAUCAAGGCUAGCUGUAAGUAUCUCGUUAUAUUGUUAAAUGAGGGUGGUUCCUCUAUUCUAAAGAAGACUGAGGCCCUCCUGGCUUUGAACCGAGGAUAGUGGGUGAGAGGGAAAGAGUGGAAGCUAUAGUUGAGGAAAGCAAGCGGUUUUAAAAAUUGGAAAAUUGUUGAGGUGUUAUCAAAAGAGGGAUCUUGUACAACAACUGGUAUUGAGCGCGGGAAAAUUCACUUUUGCAAUUCAGCGUAUGAAACCGCUGCGCAUAGCAAGAAAAAAUAGCGAGCUAAACCUUUGAAAGGGCGCGAAUUACGCAAUCUACGUCAAGAGGAAAUUUUACGUUCAAUGCCAAGUGCAGAAUAAUGUGUAACUUGUACCCAGGGUGAAAAAUUGUGCUACCUGCGUUAAGAGUGAGAAAUAUGAAACCGCUACGAACACUGGGUAAUUAUGCGAUCAAUGCCCAAGGCGGGAGGGCCUGCAACCGGUGCGGAGGACAGAAAGUAGUUUUAGGCCCAGGCAAAGGGCGGGAAAACAUGCAAGGUUACCUGCGGUGAUUGUGCUCAGCCCACCCAGGUUUACCAUCUCGGGGUUUUUUUAUUGUGAAAAUAUAUGUCUAACAAAAAAAAAAUUCCUUAAUUUUGUACUUUAAAGUUGUGUUGGAUCUUUGAUUAUGGUGCACUAUCCUCUCUUUGUCUGUAGUGUCAGCGUCAGUAGAAGAUGGUAUCAAAGAAAUGAUGACUGCACUCAGUUCGCUUCCUGAAUCAGUGGUUCGAGUGAUGGAGUAUCUGUUUUCUUUCCUUAGCUUGUAAGUAUUAUAAGUCAAUCUUUUUUAAAAGCUCUGUUAGUUGAUGGUUUUCAUCGGAUCGAAGAUGUUACAAUGCAAUUUACCCGGCAGAAAGAAUGCUACUCUCCUGAAAACCGAACUUCCCUAUUAAACAACGUGUCCCAAAUUAUUAUAACUUUAGCCCAUUGCAGAUUGAAACUUAGUUCGCUUCUGACGCAAAGUGAAUGUUGCCUCUAAACCUCCUCGAAAUACACAAUCUUUCAAGGAAUUACGGUCGUUUCGCUUACGUCUAGAGUCGAUUCGCCUACGUCCAAUAUCUCAGUUCGCCUACGUCUUAAACCCCGUACUAUGACAAUUAUUGUAUAAAACAGUUGAUUAAAUUGAAAAAAAAAUUGAUGAUGUUCGAAAACUAUCGCAUGAAAAUUUGAUAUCACAACUAAUGAACUCUAAUGAUUGCCAUGUUAAUUGGGUUCAUCUCACCGCGCUUUGACAUGAGGGACAAAUUGAUUUGACCCUUUUUGCAACAUUGGAUAAAUGCUAUGAUAUAUAUCAAUGUUGCAAUUGUACCCUAAUAUUUAAAUUACUGUAAUUAUCAUGCUUUCCACGCUUUUGCACUGCUGUAGUGUUAUUCAUGCAUAUGAAUUGUAGGCGAACCGACUCUGGACGAAGACGAAACGACCCGUAGGCGAAACGACCUGAAUAGUUCUCAGUCAGUAUAGCUUUUCAGACAGUCGGUCUCUGUCGACAACAGCAAUUGUUCUUUUUAGAACUUUCUUGAAGACUACAACACAGCAAUUUCAGAUAAAAUAACAUCAUAAUUACAUAACCCAAUAGAAUGUUCCAGGCAGUUCCAUGGUAUGACAUCAGAAAGUUUGAGUAUCCACAUUGCCGUGACAAGGCAUUCUAGAAGUUUUCAAAAAACUGCUACUCUAUAGCCACUUCCCAUAACAAAGAAUACGUUCGCAAAAUUGAACCCCCAAAAUUUAAUGUUCUGCGGUAUGACGUCUCUCGGCAGAGUUGCACAGCACAGUGAAUCUAACAAGAUGGACGCCCACAAUCUGGCGGUAGUGUUCGGCCCGACAUUGUUACGUAUCCCGUCCGAACAAGACAUGAUAGCUUAUCAAAGUCAAGUGAAUGGAAUGAUAGAAUUACUUAUUAAACAUUGUGACGAGAUAUUCCCUGGCUCUGAAGAAUCGCUACCAGCGCCAUUAUCUGAGACAGAAGAGAGUGAGAGCGACGAAGGUAAGUGUUCAGAAUGGAACGAUUUUUAAUGCCCUCUCAGAAGGAAGAGAGAGAAUGAGGAGUGCGUCAAGUAUUUAAAGCAUUUAAAACAUUGCUUUUAAAAGAUAUCUUUUUAGAUUAAAUAGAAUGUUGAAACAUUCUUAGAGUCAACACGUCCAUUUUAGCUAAAAAUUGCAACCAUCUAUCUUACUUCCGGUUCUUUUGAACCUCACUUGCACAUAACGAACUCUGCAACUCGCCUACACGUUAAUAUAAAACGCGAUUUAAGAGGCGAUCUCUGUAAGAGCGGUCCAGGGCAUUUCGCAUCGGAAAAAAGUUUUCCCUCAAACUUUACCCAAUAAACUAUCUUUGGUAACAAGUAAAUAAAACCACAUUAGUUUUUGGAAAUACCUCAAAAUAAAAUUUUUAGAGCUCUCAAAAGUCAAAGCUGCUAAAGGCCCUUUUUUGACCUCUUGCGACAUCGAAAAUUUUAAAAGUUGAAUAGCCCGGUCCUCGUAUCACACCGCAUGCAGCAAAAAAUAUUUUGUAUUCUUAAAGUGUGUGAUAUAUAAGGUGUAUAAAAUGCAUUUCAAUUUUGAUAUUCGUUUAUUCAGAGGCUCGUCAUAAUUUAUUUAAAAACACUCGUUGGACAGCUUUCUGAAAUUGGUUAAAAGUACUCUUUCUUUCUCGGUUGAUAUUGCUCAAGUCCAGACCAGACCAUUAAAAACUCCGCUUGAUUUCUGCUAAUAAGAUGUUUGGCUGCAGAAAAAUAUAAAAACAUCUUGCACUUAUUGAUUUUCUUCGCCGAGGUGACUUCGAACUUUUAGCGAUAUUGCAAGCGUGACAGCCGAUUAUGCAAAUUAGUUCAUUGAGCAAACUCCGACCGUUUUAUGUGAGUAGCUCAAUAAAUCUUAGAAGUAGAAAAUAUAGUAGAAAAUAUAGUGGACAGAGCUUUAAGACCACACCGAUUAAUACCUUAAACAUUUUAAAAGGCCAAAUUUGACAAACUUUAUUAUCUCGUGACGAAAGACGUCACAACAACGUAUCGAAUAUCAUAAUUUGAUAAGCGCUCGCAAACCCCUUUUUAAAAAUUCGGCUUCUGUUAUUUCAUAUUUGAGUUCUAAUGGCUUACGCUAUUCAAACCUGUAUGAACAUUUCAUAACCAAACUACAGCAUUCUAUUUAGUGUAACCGGCGAUAAGAGCACACACUGAAAUACACCGUGACCACUGUCACAUAAUUCAAUUGUACAUGUGUAAUUAUCCUCAAUUGCUUCUCCCUUCUUAAUAAAGCAGCGAUAACAUCGCCUUUUGGAUCCAAAUUCUGGUCGGCAAGAAUAAGAGAAAUUUUGUCUGCACACCUGUCUUUAUGAAAGUUUCUAUUCAGAACUCUAGGGAGUUCUUGUGGAAAAGGACCCUGCGAUUUUUGAGGGAAUAAAUUAUUACAUUACUUGUGACCUCAUUUUUCCAACAAUUAGCUAUAUCUAUACUGUAAAGUGCGUAAUUGUAUUAGCUGUAAUUCAUAUGUCUCUUUCGGUACUGGUUUGCUUGGGAUUAAUAACACUAAAUUCUUGAAGCGGUAUUCGCCAAAAGAAGUCCUGUUUUCAGUCGCGUUCUUCAGAAACUUCGCUCGAAGAUCACGAGGAGUUUCCGGUUUGUUUAACUUGCCUCAGAGUACUGACUCAAUAAAGAGUCAUAUCUGCUUAAUCCAUUUGUCAAAAGAGAGUUUCACAGAAGGAGAGCUUAUCUUUGCAAGGGCUGGCCUGUUCGAUGUAGAAGACUCAGUUAUAGCAAAAUGUGGGUCUGCGCAAAGCAUAGGCACACUUAUGGGAAGUUCUGGCGCCAAAGUUCAGCGUGCCAGUAUCCGACACACCCUGGUAGCGAUUCCAAAGGGCUAAAGAGCCGGUAUUCUGUCAAUUUGCAAAAGUCAAAGGUCAUUUCUAAGAUGUAUGGCGUUAUAUAGAGGUUUACACGAUACUGCAGCUGAGGGAGCGGAUGGUUUCAAGGAUUUUCUCCAAAUUAUAGACGAAUUGGAAAGCGUGGGAGCAGAAAAGGACUAGUGUAAAGAAGUUCGCGAGAGGCUUCAGGAGAGCAAGUUGUAUUUGAAGACUACAUACCGUAAUCACUGCGAAGAGGACGAUAGCAAAUGUGCCGAUCACUGUAGGGUCUUUGCACCGAGCCAUGCUGGUGACACUGAAGUUCAGAAAGUAUGCAGUCACAGUCACAACGUGAAGUGUGAGGAUUGUGAGAUGCUGAAGAGUGUUCUUGAAGAAGUAAAAGGCGCUAUUUCUGAGUACACAAUACAAUUGGGUAGGUUUCAAGCGGAAGACUAUCUGUAUAAAGCAAAAAAUGCUGCCGCUAAGAUCUUUGAAUGGAGAGGGUAUAUCCUGAGAACAGAAACCAGGAUCAGUACGAGCGGCAAAUUGUCGUUACUUUGGAGGGAGAUGAAGCAUUUAUAAUAGUUGACUGGACAAUGAAGUUCAUAGCGAUGAAGUUCCGGGAAAAGCAAGCAGAAUGGUUUACCAAGAGGGAAAUCAAUUGGCAUGUGAGUAGCGUUGUUGUAAGACAGGAGGAAAGCCUGGAAGAAACCUCAUACGUAGAACUUUUUAACAGCUGUAAAAAAGACUGGUUUUCAGUGCUGUCAGUCCUAGAAAAUCUCUUUGUCACCAUAUAGUUACGAAAUUCAGGAAUAAAAAAGGCCCUUAUAAGAUCGGAUGAAGCAGGUUGCUAUCACAACAGUAAGCUAGUAUCAUCUCUACGAGGGCUCGGACAUCAAGACUGCCACUUUCAGCAACUUACACAAAAGGGCCUGCGCGUUUGGAGAGCGUUUAAUGUUGGGUCUGGAAAGUUUAUUCGGUAAAAUUAAAAUUGCAAUUUUCCCACAGAAAAAAUGACGGAUCUGGUGAAGGAGAUUCCAUUUUUCCCCACCACUGCUCGACGAACUGCAUCAGCAGGAGAAAGCAAUGAUGGCAACGACGGUAGUUCCUAUCAAUGCCCUGAACCUGGUUGCGAUGAAGAUUUUAAGACGCAGGCCGACCUUGACUUCCAUAUGAACUAGCUGGUUCAUCAUGUAAGUCCUGUGCCUGUGAGCAUGACUUAAAGUCUUUAUGACAAAGUGAAGAGGUAGUGGGUUCAUUACUUUCAGUCAUUGUCAUUAGAGGGUGAAAGUUCGACUGAACUGGUUGGUUGGCCACAGAACCCUUGACAAGUACAUCAAAGCUUCCCAUGGGAUGGGCUCUUCAUAAGAGAGGUGCAAGUGAACGGCUUUCGCAAAACGUCAGGCAGUACUUGAAACAGAAAUUUAAUAUCGGAUGAGACACUGGCAGAAACCAAACCCAGAGAAAGUAGCAAAGGAUAUGCGAACUGCUUGCACAAUAGAUGGAGAGAGAAUGUUCUAUAGAACAGAGUGGCUAUCCAACAUACAGAUUCAGGGUUUCUUCUCGAGAUUGUGCCUUAAACAGCGAUCUAAAAUACAACAAGAAUCGGAUGAUGCCACCGACGCAGACGACCACUUGAUAGAAGCAUCCGCGUCUGAUGUAGACGAAGGGUGUUUGAGAGAGGCGAGGAACACAGUAAUGGAUGAGAUAGAUUGAAACAUCCAGUCAUGUUUGAUAUCUAUAAUGUGUGCUGGUUGGCAAGAGAAGCAAGGUUGUCUAGUCUCAAAGUCAAGAUGCUAGGAGACAUAUGCGAACAUUUUGAGCUCGCAUUCAAAAUGCAAGAUACAAAUGCAGCACCUCUUGCAAAAAUGGAGGAAAUGAUUUCGGAGUGUAGUUGUUAUGCAAUCUAAUUAUGACGUCCGCCCGUUAUGCGAAUGCGAUAUCUUUUUUUACAAGAACUCUUCAAACUUAUGAACAGAGACUGUUAUGCAGACAGAUGUGACCACCAAAUAUAAUUUUUUCCCUUUCAGCGAGAAAUCCGAGAAAUCGCUGCUUUAUUUAGACGUGAGAAGUAUUCAGGACAAUUACACGAUGGAAUUACGUGACAGAGUCACUGGUCACGGUGAAUUUAGUGUGUGCUGUAAUCGAUGGUUACACUAAAUAGAAUCCUGUAGUUUAAUUUUGAAAAGUUCGUACAGGUUUGAAUAGCGUAAGCCAAUAACAGAAGCCAAAUUUAAAAAAAAAGAGUUUGCGAGCGCUAAUCAAAUUAUAAUAUUCGAUACGUUGUUGUUGACGUCUUUCGAGAUAAUAAAAUUUGUCAAAUUUCGGCCUUUUAAAAUGCUUAAAGUAUUAAUCGGUGUGGUUUUAAAGCUCUGUCCUACUAUGUUUUCUACUUAAAAUGGUUAAAAUCUAAGAUUUAUUGAGCUACUCACAUAAAACGGUCGGAGUUUGCUCAAUGAACUAAUUUGCAUAAUCGGCUGUCACGCUUGCAAUAUCGCUAAAAGUUCGAAGUCACCUCGGCGAGGAAAUUAAUAAGUGCAAGAUGUUUUUAUAUUUUUCUGCAGCCAAACAUCUUAUUAGCAGAAAUCAAGCGGAGUUUUUAAUGGUCUGGUCUGGACUUGAGCAAUAUCAACCGAGAAAGAAAGAGUACUUUUAACCAAUUUCAGAAAGCUGUCCAACGAGUGUUUUUAAAUAAAUUAUGACGAGCCUCUGAAUAAACGAAUAUCAAAAUUGAAAUGCAUUUUAUACACCUUAUAUAUCACACACUUUAAGAAUACAAAAUAUUUUUUGCUGCAUGCGGUGUGAUACGAGGACCGGGCUAUUCAACUUUUGAAAUUUUCGAUGUCGCAAGAGGUCAAAAAAGGGCCUUUAGCAGCUUUGACUUUUGAGAGCUCUAAAAAUUUUAUUUUGAGGUAUUUCCAGAAACUAAUGUGGUUUUAAUUACUUGUUACCAAAAAUAGUUUCUUGGGCAAAGUUUGAGGGAAAACUUUUUUCCGAUGCGAAAUGCCCUGGACCGCUCUUACAGAGAUCGCCUCUUAACAGCGAGCUGAGCGCUCGCAUUACUCGUGCGUUUCAUGCCAGUUCGUCGUCUUUUUUCUUACAGUCAUGGUUACUUUUUUUUCCUUUUUUUUCCUGCAGAUCUGGAGCCAAGGGAAGCCGAAGCGAUAUAUGAUUACUCAGCUCGAUCCUCCAAGGAAUUGUCCUUUAAAAAAGGCGACAUUAUUCAGGUGUUCAAAAGAUUUAACCCGGAAUGGUGGGACGGGACAAUCAAUGGAACUGAAGGCUUUGUGCCAGCCAGGUACAUUCGUAUGCUGACAGACGACGAUGUCGAUGCAAACGAUGGCGAAGGGAAUAUCUCGAUCUCCGGCGAGCUGUCGCCAUCACCCAAGAUUUCAUCCAGUGGAAUAGACAGGCCUAGGGAUCUGCCUCCAAGGAUCCCCAAGAGAGAGGGCUCGCUACGAGGAAGGGAUAGUUUACCCUCUCCCACAGCGGAUCAUGCAAGCCACGCAGCAGCAAGUCCCAUCGGAGCAAGUCCGAUAGGAGUGAGCUCUCAGGGGCCAUCUCCAGGAUCAUCGUCGUUUAAGAAGACCUCCGUGCCAGCAAUCUCAUCGGAAGACAUCGUGAAGCGGCAGCUGACGCGGCUUCGUAAGGCGCCCAGAGAAGAGAGCGACAACUCUGUGGAUAAGACACCUGAUAAGGAACAGGGAUUCGUGAUACCAAGGCUUCGGAGCAUCUCGCCUACCAGAAAAUCCCAGUCACCUAGCCAGGAGAAGGCGGAAGAAGCCGAAAAGAAGGAAGAACCAACGGAUAAAGACUGGAGAGGGGGAGGUGAAGCUUCCAAAGAGGAAAACCGGAAGUCCGUAGAAGGUGUGUGGCAGCCACGAGAGGAAGUUAGCAUUCCAGCGAAUAACACUCCCCAGGGCAUUUCUCCGACAACAACGGCACCGGCACCGGCACCGAAAAUUCCCCCAGCGGUUCGCCCUAAACCCAAGGGAAACCGCAACCCUCAGCCCCCUUUCCGUAAAAACUCCGAUGAUCUGUUAGCUUCGCUGCAGGCUGCUCAAGUCGUGCGGAGUCAUCGGACUAGUGGCGGUCCUGACGACAACAGGAAGAGCGGAGGGUCUGUGGGGGACGACACUGCUUUUUGAGGGUCUC